AGCACCUUAAAGAUUGUAAUGUGUUUCAUUCAAGUUUCAACUUCCAGUCUUCCUUUUCACCUUCCAUAGUCCACCCGCCGGUCUUUUAGCCCUCAUUACCCAACCAACUGAAAGAAGAAGAAACAAAUAAUAUACAGAAGUCGGCUCCGGCGACUCCCGAUUUCCAUUUCCUCCAUUUCCACCGGGAGUUCGCCCCGCCAGAGAGUUCUCUGGAUUUUGUUUUAUUUGUGACAAGGGGCUCCAAGUGGACGGAGGAUUUUCAGGGUUUGUUGGGAAUGGCAGCGGAUAAAGAAUCGUCGUCGUCAAGCUCGGAGAAGCAAGAUCUGACUCGCCACGAGUCCGACUCGGAAGAUGUCCCCAAGUCUCCUCCUAGCUCCCCUGGCUCUUCCACUCGCAAGGCUUGCUAUGCUGUUCUGCAAAGUUGGGUCUCCAAGAAGUUCAUGACUGGAUGCAUUGUUCUAUUUCCAGUAGCUGUGACAUUCUUAGUCACAUGGUGGUUCAUUGAGUUUGUGGACAGCUUCUUUAGUCCAAUAUAUGAACAACUUGGCGUUGAUAUAUUUGGUAAGAAUUAUUUACUAGAGUUUUCCCCCGAGUCAUACUCUCCGCUACUGAUAUAUACCACUGUUUUUGAAACAGGCCUUGGAUUUAUUACGUCACUACUUUUCAUAUUCUUUGUGGGGAUAUUUGCUUCAUCAUGGUUUGGUGCCACUGUAUUCUGGCUUGGUGAAUGGCUCAUAAAGCAAAUGCCAUUUGUGAAGCACUUAUAUUCAGCCUCCAAGCAACUCAGUGCAGCUAUUUCUCCUGACCAAAAUACUACUGCAUUUAAAGAGGUGGCAAUCAUCCGUCAUCCACGGCAAGGGGAAUAUGCAUUUGGCUUCAUCACAUCCACUGUUCUCCUUCAGAGAGAAGAUGGUGAUGAAGAGCUGUGCAGCGUUUAUGUUCCAACAAACCAUUUAUAUAUUGGAGACAUUUUUCUGGUCAACUCGAAAGAUAUUAUCAGACCAAACCUGUCAAUUAGGGAAGGAAUAGAGAUCAUUGUCUCGGUUGGUAUGACAAUGCCACAAACCAUAGCUCCCGCUGAAAGAAUUUUGCAUCAGAAAAAUGGGACGCCACUGACCAGAAUGGUAUAAGGUACUGAAUCAUGAGUACUCUACCUCCCGUGGAUGGAUGAUUUGCCCUGUCAAAGAGGAAUCAAAUGUAUCUCAAGACAGUUUUAGGUGUGUACAUAAUAGCUGCGAAUCCGAUUGUUCUUUUGUGUAUUUCCUUCUCUAUACUAUAUAGUGUUAAAAGAAACAAUAUGCUAACGGUUAAAUGGCUUCAUUACAUAACUCUAUCUGCGUUUCUUCCGCUGAGCACUAGGGGGUAGUUUUUCUGAUGGUCCAGUAGGUAGUUUGUGUCCAGUUUCCUUCUCAAUCCGUCUCUUGAGCUCUCUGAGCCGACCCAGUAAUACGCCAAUUGCGCUC